AUGACCACUAAGCCUACGACAACCACCGCCGAUUCCCCCUUCAACGAUCCCACUGAUUGCGUUGAUCUAGUGAUCCGUACGUCCGAUAAUGUCGACUUCUUCGUCCUCAGCGGACUACUAUCGCUAAAAUCCCCAUCAUCGUUCUUUCGUCAUGUUCUGAAGAACAGCCAGCAUACGGAUGAAAAGGAUGGCUUUCCUGUCCUCCAAGUCGAGGAGGACAGUGACACAUUCCGGACUAUCCUUCUCUUCUGUUACCCAAAUGUCGCUCCCCAGAUCAAGAGCAUUGAUCAGAUCGUGGGCGUGAAGAAGGCGCUGGACAAAUACUGUAUGGAUCAUGCAAUGGAGCAGUUCAUCCAAACGGUGACCGCAUCACCUGUAAUGAAAGCACAGGCGCUGCAGAUCUUUGCUCUUGCAGUUGUUAAUGGAUGGAAGGUAUUGGGUGAGGUUGCGGCAAAGAGCACACUUGCCAGUCCCCUUAGUGAUCCAGAAGCAGAGCUUGAGGACCUGAAUUACAUCAAUGCCAUGCAAUACGUCCGUCUUCGGAAUUAUCACAGGAAGUGUAGACAAGCCGCACAGGACGUGUUAUCAUCUUCGAGCGCAGCACCCUGGCUGGAAGGUAAAGAAUCGGAGCUGCAGUUCCUCGAAAAUAGGAAAUGUCGGUGGUGUGAUAGGACAUCUUCGAAUGUGUGGCUCUCACCACCAGAAUGGAUCGUACAUUCUUGGGUCGAAGAUUAUCUUGCCGCAGUUAAGGCUGAACUGCGAUAA